AUGAUAUUAAGCAAAUUAACAUCAGUUAAUCAUCAAGUUUAAUUAAAAAACAUUCAACUUCAAUUUUGUGCAAAAAAAAUCAUGAAAAUGAUCGCAACUCUCUUCUUUGUCUUUGCUUUUGCCUCACCAGCUUUCGGUGGUUGGUUUGGUUGGUGCCCAACUCCUCCAGCUGCUCCUGAAGGUACAGACAUCACCAAGAUUGCCGGUAGAUGGUAUGAGAUUGCUCGACCAACCAAAGCCUCUGAAAAUGGUUUAACAUGUGUUACAUCUGACUUCACUCUUCGACCUGAUGGUGACUACAACAUUACCAAUCUUGGUUUAAAGCCUGAUGGUUCAAAGGCCGGUGAAUAUGGAGAAGCCAAACGUACCGAUUCUCAAAGUUUACUUAAUGUUUACUCAUUUGCAGUUAAGCUUCCAUUCCCAAUUGGUUUCAACAUAGCCGAGGCUGAUUACGAUGACUACUUCGUUGCCUACACUUGUAUUGGUGUUCCUCCUUUCUUCACCAGCAAACAUGCUUGGAUCUUAUCCAGAAAGAACACCAUGGACGCUGACAAGCUUAAGAGAUUGACCGAUUUGGUUAUCAACCAAUAUGGAGUUGAACCCGCUGAAAUUGAAGUGACUCCCCAAAAGGAUUGCAAAUACUGGCCAGUUCCACAAUAAUUUUAUCGAAAUUGUUGAUCAACUUGACUGUGUUUCACGAUGAUUCCCAAACAACACAAUUUCAAUAAAUAAUUAAAUAAUUAUCACAAGCAUAAA